GGAAUUGCGCGGCCACAGCGCCGCUCGCGUCGCCCGCAUCCUAGCCUCCCGGUGCCGCCGGGCCCUCGGCGUCGCUCCGGGUCUCGGCUUCCACCGCCGCCGCGCGGCCAGCGCGCCCCCUGCCCCGCGACCCUCCGCUUGUGUUCCCUCCACGCGCCGCCGCGCCCGGCGCCCACCUCCCCUCCCCAGGGUCUGGCCAGUCCCUUCCUGCCACCGCCACCGCCGCCUCUGGAGAAGCCGGUCCACCGCGGGUCACCAUGCCCAGCAAAACCAAGUACAACCUUGUGGACGAUGGGCACGACCUGCGGAUCCCCUUGCACAACGAGGACGCCUUCCAGCACGGCAUCUGCUUCGAGGCCAAGUACGUAGGAAGCCUGGAUGUGCCGAGGCCCAACAGCAGAGUGGAGAUCGUGGCUGCCAUGCGCCGGAUCCGGUAUGAGUUCAAAGCCAAGAACAUCAAGAAAAAGAAGGUGAGCAUUAUGGUUUCAGUGGAUGGAGUGAAGGUGAUUCUGAAGAAGAAGAAAAAGCUUCUUUUAUUGCAGAAAAAGGAGUGGACGUGGGAUGAGAGCAAGAUGCUGGUGAUGCAGGACCCUAUCUACAGGAUCUUCUACGUCUCUCAUGAUUCCCAAGACUUGAAGAUCUUCAGCUAUAUCGCUCGAGAUGGUGCCAGCAAUGUCUUCAGGUGUAACGUCUUUAAAUCCAAGAAGAAGAGCCAAGCUAUGCGAAUCGUCCGGACGGUGGGGCAAGCCUUCGAGGUCUGCCACAAGCUGAGCCUACAGCACACACAGCAGAACGCAGAUGGCCAGGAGGACGGGGAGAGUGAGAGGAACAGCAACAGCUCGGGGGACCCAGGCCGCCAGCUCACCGGGGCCGAGAGGGCUGCCACGGCCGCCGCAGAGGAGACGGACAUCGACGCGGUUGAGGCCCCGCUCCCAGGGAAUGACGUCCUGGAGUUCAGCCGAGGUGUGACCGACCUGGAUGCUGUAGGGAAGGAAGGAGGCUCCCACACAGACUCCAAGGUUGCACCCCACCCCCAGGAGCCCAUGCUCACAGCCUCACCCAGGAUGCUCCUGCCCUCUUCUUCCUCGAAGCCCCCGGGCUUGGGCACGGGGACACCACUGUCCACCCACCACCAGAUGCAGCUCCUCCAGCAGCUCCUCCAGCAGCAGCAGCAGCAGACACAAGUGGCUGUGGCCCAGGUUCACUUGCUGAAGGACCAGCUGGCUGCUGAGGCUGCGGCGCGGCUGGAGGCCCAGGCUCGUGUGCACCAGCUCCUGCUGCAGAACAAGGACAUGCUCCAGCACAUCUCGCUGCUGGUCAAGCAGGUGCAGGAGCUGGAGCUGAAGCUAUCAGGACAGAACGCCAUGGGCUCCCAGGACAGUUUGCUGGAGAUCACCUUCCGCUCUGGAGCCCUGCCUGUGCUCUGUGACCCCACGACCCCGAAGCCGGAGGACCUGCACUCGCCGCCCCUGGGCGCGGGCUUGGCCGACUUCGCCCACCCAGCGGGCAGCCCCUUAGUUGACCACAGCAUGUUCGAGAACUUGAACACAGCCCUCACCCCAAAGCUCCAGGCGAGCCGCUCCUUUCCCCACUUGUCCAGGUCUGCGGCCCCCAGCUCUGCCACCCUGGGGCCUGUGGAGCCCGGAGGGCCAGGACUCUGGGCGGGCAGCAGCCAGCACCUCAAGAACCUGGGCAAAGCCAUGGGGGCCAAAGUGAAUGACUUCCUGCGGAGGAAAGAGCCCUCGGGCCUGGGCGGCGCGGGCACAAUGGAAGUCAACAAGACGGCAGGGGCCCAGCUGGCCGGCGGGGCUGACGUGGAUGACGGAAGAUCAGCCCUGCAAGACACAUUCCCUCGCCUGGAUCCUCCACCUCCCAUCAUCAGGAAGCGAACCCCACGAGCCCUGAAGACCACCCAGGACAUGCUGAUUUCAUCGCAGCCUGUCCUAAGCAGUCUGGAGUAUGGGACUGAGCUGUCACCUGGGCAACCCCAGGACUCCCAUCCCGCUGCCCAGCCCAGCCCAGCAGAUGCUUCACAGCCAGAGGCCACCAUGGAAAUGGCGGACAGGGGCGAGGCUCUGCCCAAUGGAGAGGUUUCCCUGUCGGUACCUGACCUCAUCCACAAAGACAGCCAGGACGAACCCAAGCUAAAGAUGACUGAGGGCAGAAGGGCCUCUUCCCCUGGCCUCAUCGAGAGAAAUGGCCUCAAACUCAGCCUGAGCCCCAUCAGCCUGGCUGAGUCCCUGGAGGAUAGCAGCCCGCCUCCUCGGGCACGGACCUCCAGCCUUGACAACGAGGGCCCUCACCCAGACCUGCUGUCCUUUGAGUAGAGCUGCUUCUGUCCUGCUGUGCGCUCCCUUCCCUCUGCUCUCCCCUCAGCCGUGCACCCGGGCCCUUGCCCCAGCCCCAGCCUGCUGUUUGCCCUCCUCGCACAAGGCACCAGCAGGGAGCUGAUUCUCCCUCAUGGGCUGUUGCAGGGCCAGAAGCCACAAGUAGCCCUACUUCUAGGGUCCAUCUGUGGGAUGGCAAAGGGACUCAGGUGCCAUCUCGGUUCCCCUGGGUGCUGGCUGCAGCUCUUGGAUAGCAGAGCGUCAUGGCUCCUCACUGACUGCAGGACCAGCAGCCCAAGAUGAAGGAUCUUGCGGGAAUUCUCUUUGCCUGCCUCCCACAGGCUGCCUACUCUUCUCCUUCCCAGGCCCUCUGGGUUCCUUCCUUCCCUUCCCUGGGGGCCCAGCGUCUUCCUGCCUCAGGGGUAAUCAGGCUGGAGGAGGAAUUGUGGGUUUGGCUUGAUGAUGGGCCCAGACCCGGAAAGCCACACACCCUGAGCACAGCCCAGUCACAGCUCCUCCUGGUCCCAAGAAAACGCAAGCCCCUGGUUGUCCCCUCACCUCUACCUAGGUGGAUGAGGGCCAGGGGAGAGGCUUCCCAGGCCUGAGACCUCGGGCAGCCUUGUCACCCAGGGUUCACAGGGUGUUACUCAUCUAGCCACAUGGCGAACAUGGUGAGCACUCCCAGAGUAGGGGGCACAGAGCCAGCCACCGAGAGCGCCUGCCCAGAGUGUGAGUCUAGAGAGGCACCGAGGAAGCAGAUGCAGCCUGCUACACUCGGGCUUCCCUUGCUGUGCGUGGGGACAGGACCAGGCAGGCCGCAGCAGGAGCAGCAGAGCAAGUUGCGAUCCUGUUUGGGGGGAGGGCCCAGGAACCUAGCACCCAGGGAGCUGGUCCCCGAGAACCCAGAGCAGUAGUGGAGAUGGCAGUGUGGCAACCAGGAUGUGAAAAGAGCCAUUGUCGGGGCUCCUAGCAGCCUCUCAGGGGCCCCACCACCUGAGAUGCAAUUGUAGGGUCUAAGCAUGGUAAGUGCGAGAACCAGGGUGGAGAGUGUAAGAGGUUGGAACGCGGUGAGAACCGCGGGGCAGGCUACUUUUCCUUAAGUAGAAAGCACUCUGCUCUCCUGCAGAAGGUUCCCGCCCCGUGCCUGCCUCGGGGUCUUUGUGAGGGACUGACCUGGUUCACCCAGCCCCGCUGGCUCCUGCCCUCCUGGGUUAACCCACUUUUGUGUUCCUGUCUCCUACCAGGGGUCCUGUCGUGCUGUCUUCCUGUGGCCAGGAGACCCUGUCGGGGGCUGAUCCCCACCCUGGGGGCCUUUGCAGCAAGGAGAGAACAGGCCUUUUCUUGAGCAGAGCGGCUGGUCCCAGGAGAAGGCUGGGAGUGGCCUGUCUGGCCAGGGUGGGCAGUGUAGCAGUCCUCCUCCUGUGAUUCCUGCCACCUCCCUUUUCUAUUCAUUGUUCCACUUCCUACCCUGGGGGCCCCAGAGCUCAUUUCCCACUUCACCCAGUCACCCCAUUUCUGUUCCCGUCCCCACCACCUCUGCCAUAUAAAGUGUCCAAGCUAACUCCUGCAGACCUGGGAGCCUCGGGACCCCCAGGCUGAGGCUGCCUUCCUGCAUCCUUGCUUCUGCAGCCAUGCGCAUUGCCACAGCUCGCCCACCGCCUCCCCUUCCACCCCGUCUCGCACAGCGGAGCCUUGUUUCACCGUCCUCAGGAGGGUCCAGGCACGCCGGGUGCCGUGGUGAAGUGAGCAAUGCUGUUGCUGAAUUGAGUAGAUCGUGACUUACUCCAGGAACAGCACAAGGAUUUGGGGACCUGUGAGUUUUUCCAGAAUGGCUUGGGGUUCUGCACAAAAUGCAGAGCUGGGGGCCGGGGGCAGAGAACUAUAAACACACGUGCUGGGAGCAAGCCCAGUUUCCCCUGCGCUUCCACACCAGGAGCUUGGUUUGCUUCUCUGAUGGGAAGCUUACCAGGUACCUGCACUCUGGGCUGCUCCUCCGCUAAGACCAGGGUGGCUCUGGCCAGGUGAUACUGUAACCGUAGGUUACAGGUUGCGGGGCCAGGCUGCCUUAAGUGCCUUGCUCUCUACGCCACAUCCAGCAUCCGAUGAAGUCCUGGCCACCCAACCCGGGAUUAGCACAGGGGUCCUACCAGGCUUUCCCAGGGCCACUCAGAUUCAUGUCUGGUACCAGAUAAGGGUCUGUGGGACUCUGCUGCAAUCUCUAGCUGGCCUCUCUGAUCACCUCAGCCAUCCUUCUGCGGGGGGGGUGAUACUGCUACCAGGGGUGGGGCGAGGUGGGCGGGGACACUCUCUGAGGCUGAAAUCUGGUCCUAGAUGCCACAGGUAGUGCCGGUGCCUGGGGCUAAGCGUUACCCAGAAGCCAGCAGAACAACGACUUCUGUCCUGCUGAGGGUCUCGGCUCAGACCAGGCCUCUAGCCAAAGCCCCACCUGGCUUCCUGUGUCCAUCUCGACAGCCUGAGCUCCCUGUGCCUGCAGCAUGGCAGUCACCCCUCCCCACCUGACCACCCCCCGGGUCAUGUCCCGUGCCUGCAGCAUGGCAGUCACCUCCCCACCUGACCACCCCUCGCCAUGGUGAGUCCGGCUUCUCUGAGUGGCCCAGUGUGCUCAAGGGCAGGGUACCGAGGAGGAAUGAAAGGUCUGUCUUCUCUGUCCAUGUAAGGAAGUCUUUUCUCUCCCCGUUGCUCACCCAUGCCCUGUGUCCCCAGAUUCAGCGGCAGCUUUACCCUGAUAGAUACAAGGUGAGCUUCCAGAACCUGGCAGGAGGGUGGCGUGUUCCCUGGCAGGGAGAGAAAUGUGUCUGUGUUAACGAGUGUGGGUGACAGGAAGACGAACAUUCGAAGAAUCCAUCAACUUUUAAAGAACAAAGAGGUUGGCCUCAGGCUGGGGGACGAAGGAUACUACAGAGCUAUUCUGAGGAUUUUCUAGAGAUUUUAUAUUUAUAUUUUUAGUAAUUUUUCUGGUAGAAGGAAACCGUACAAUAAAAUCAUUUGGUUUGA